AUCAUUCUUAUACCCGAACAACUAACUAUCCUCCUCGACCACAUCCACAAACUAUCUGGUGCCGUGGAGGAAAUCUACGAGACGAGCUACCAUAAGCCGCUGGCCCUCAACAAUCUGGAGCUGCCGUGGGACUCCCAGUCCAGCCUGGAACAAUGCAGGUCUAUUAUCACAUAUCUGCUUGUCGUGGGAUGGGUGGUUGGUCUGUAUCUCUUCGUUGAUCAAUCCGCUCCCGUGCCCAGCCAAUCUGGGACUGGUUGUGAUGUUGUUGUUUUUUCCAGUAAGGGCGUGGUAUCAGUAGUAUCAGUACCUUUCUGGGGUCAUUAUCUCGGGAAGCCUAGGGUUUUUGUAUGCCGCUUUGACACAUGCGAAGGAAGACCUAUGAUCCAGUCUUUAGGCGUUUUGUAG